AUGUCUGCUAAGCGUAAGAGAUCUGAAUUAAGUCAAUUAGCCGCUGAAUUAUCUAAGCGUAACCGUAGCAGUAAGCCCGUGGCAACAAGUGCCCUUUCCCGCAGAUGGCGCAACUUGUGGACUGAAAGCAUUGGCUCCAAAUUGAUCUUUUCAUAUCCCGCUAAAUAUGAUUAUGGUUCUAGACUAAGGUUAAGACAACCCAUCCUAGCAAAGGGAAUUAGUCGUAUUUUGGAAGUUGUUAAGCCAACAUUCGAUGAGCUAACUAUUCGUUUCAGUUUCAAUUUCAAAUCCAAAACUGGUAGUAGUUAUCAGGCUGUUAAUAGGUGGGUUCAAAUUGCGCUUACAAACAAGGUUACUCGCCUUCAUCUGGACUUUUCAUCAUUGGGUGUUAGUCUCAGAAAUUACACUUUUCCAGCUAUACAUAAGUAUUCUGAUAUACGUAACCUUAGAGAUGUUUGCUUUAAGUCUAUAAAUGUUUCGGGGGAGGUUAUCGACUGUAUGCUGUCAAACUGUCCAUCUCUUGAGCGCUUAGCUGUGUGGGAAUCAAGUUUUGUGCAUAAUAUUAGAGUCUGCACACAAUCCUCUAAGUUGAAGAGCCUAGAAUUUGUAGAUUGUUUUUAUAAAAGGAUUCAGAUCUCAUCACCAAAUCUCAUAUAUUUGAGAUACAGUAGUGAUUUUGAGGAAUGCCUUGAACUAGAUUAUGUUCCCCUUUUAUCUCAACUUUCUAUAGGCUCUUUAUACUGCCCAAGUUUCCUAAGCAAUGGAGCUCGGCUUUUUAUCAAUUGCAUCUCUCAACUCAAGAGGCUUAAGCUGGAUAUCAUAUCGAUUCUUGCAUAG